AUAUAAUAUGGCAAUUAGUUCUAAUUACUUACACGCAACUUUGAUGGCAACACUUCGGAGGAGUCCUUUCAAAUUCGCUAAUACAAAGGUUCCUCAUGCUGACCUAGGCGACAGUGUCUCUCCUACAAAAAAGAAUCCUGAAGAAGAAGUUCCAAGUGAUCCCGUCAAUAUCCAGCUUCGCGGUAAGAAUUCUUAUACCAUUCUCAAAUAAUAAGCAAGUUACAAAGGAUAGAUCAAAGUCUCAGUUUCGAAGAUAAUCACUAGGUGGAUAUAGCACGGGAUACUGAUUUAUUCGCAUAGCGUGAUCUUGUUGUUGAUGUAGGAAAGAAUACGAACGUAUAUUAUGAGUAUAUACAAUUAAGUCAAGGAAUAAGCCAAGGUCGUGUAGAAGUCGUGAAGGACUUCUUGAACGAUCAUCCGGACGCAGUGGACGAAUGGAUAAACCUUUACGAGACGCCAUUGUUAAAGGCUUGUGCUUGUGGGAAACCCGAGAUUGUUAAAGAGCUUCUGUGGCGUAUGACACCUGAACAAAUGCUUCCCAAGAUGAGCCAAAACGUUUCGUACCACACGGCUCUUACUGUCGUAGCGGUUAGUGGAAAUAUGGAGAUUGCUGAAGCCUUAGUCGCCAAGAACCCUAAGCUGCUAGAGAUUCCUGGAAUCAAUGGACAGAUUCCGGUUGUGGUUGCGGUUGAGAACACGCAGAUGGAAAUGGCUCGCUAUCUUUACACCAGAACUCCGGUUCAGGUCUUACUUGCUGAAGACGGAUAUCAUGGUACUUUGCUCUUUCUGAAUGCCAUCUUCUAUAGAAUGCUCGACAUCGCAUUGGAUCUGUUCAACAUGAGCAGACGCUUAGCCGUCACAAAACACUUGCAAAUCGAGUCGAUUCCCAUCAUUGUCUUGGCUUCAAAGCCAGAUCUUUUUCCUGGUGACUGCUAUCUUGGACCAUUGACACGUUUCAUCUACUCUUGGAUACAAGUAAAGCUGCCAACUCUCCCAAAACCUUCACAUGCAAACAAAGAUCAUAAGAAUACUCUGAUGAGGAAACUGCUCAAAGGUCUCUCCAAAUGGACCGGAAUAGAUGAAGUGUACCGACUUAAGGUCAUGCAUCUACAAGCCAAGAAGCUUCUACUGGGAAUAUCAGAAGAAACAUUGACCUUGGGCUUGAAGGAACGUUCCGAGACAGUGGAUGAAGCUUUACUCUUUGCAGUGAGAUAUGGGAAUGUGGAUUUCUUGGUGGAAAUGAUCAGAAACAACUCCGAGCUUCUAUGGUCCACGAGAACAAGCUCGAGCAGUACUCUGUUUCUCUUGGCCGUCGAGUUCAGACAAGAGAAGGUGUUUAAUCUCCUCUACGGUCUGGACGACAGGAAGUACUUGUUGCUCGCAGACAAGGACAGCGACGGCAAUGGUGUGCUUCAUCUCGCCGGAUUUCCUUCUCCUCCUUCCAAGCUCGCUAGUGUCAUUUGCGCACCUUUGCGGAUGCAACGCGAGUUACAAUGGUUCAAGGAAGUGGAGAGAAUUGCACCAGAGAUCGAGAAGGAGAGAGUAAACACAGAAGAGCAAACACCGAUCGAGAUAUUUGCAAAGGAGCACCAAGGACUGCGACAAGAAGCCGAGAAAUGGAUGAAAGACACAGCCAUGUCAUGCAGCUUAGUCGCGGCUCUCAUCGUCAUGGUCACUUUCGCGGCUCUCAUCAUCACGGUCAUUUUCGCGGCGGUCUUUACCGUAUCUGGUGGCUCCGACGACAAUUCAGAAGGUAACCCCUUUCACUUAUAUGAACAGAGGUUCAUCAUAUUCAUCGUCUCCGAUUUGAUUUCUUGCUUCGCCGCUUGCACCGCCGUACCCAUAUUCCUCGGGAUACUCACCGCGAGAUACUCCUUUGACGAUUUUUUGGUCGCGCUGCCGACAAAGAUGAUCACGGGACUUUCGAUACUAUUCGUUUCCAUCGCGGCGAUGCUUAUUGCAUUCUCAUUGGUGCUUAUAACAAUGAUGAAUAAAGGGAAAUGGAUUGUUGCUCCGACGAUCCUUUGCGCUUGUUUACCGGCGCUGUUGUUCGUUCUGCUUCAGUAUCCUCUCCUCAAGGAAAUGAUCUUCUCCACUUACGGCAAAGGAAUCUUCGACAGAAAUAUGACAUGUUGGGCUUAACUUGAGACAUUGAUCUUUUGGGCCUAACUCGGAAACUCUUUAAUACAUUAAAAAUAAUAAAUAAUUCAGUUCUUCCUUUUCGGCUUCACAUCAAAAAGACAAAAAUAAUGAUGCUUUUCUGAAAGUACAAACAAACUCUUGGACCGGUCCACCAAAUAUCAUCACAUAUGAAACAUCUAUGUACAAUAUAUAUUACAUAUACUACUAAUAAAAGGAGCUUGUUGAUGCAAAAAAAGAAGAAGAAGGAUAGAAGAGAAGGACAAAGGGGCAAGAAGAUUAGUGAAAGAAGCAACUAUGAGUCUAUGAUGGAAGUUGAGAACUUUGCCAGCAAGGGAGAAGAGAGGUGCAGCGGGUUGAAACUUGAAAGAUACAGAGUUGUGGCGUUAGACUUGCAGAAACAUUAGAUAAGAGAUGAUGAUGAUGCAAGAGUCAUAAAGAAUCCUGCAUUUGGGUUAGGUCGUGUUCAAGCGUUUUAUGUUUUUUUUGUAAAAUAUGUCGACGGACAACGUUGAUUGUUAUAUUUUCAUUUAAUGUUUCCCCCAAUAUAAUAAUCAAUUUGUAAACACUGUUUGUCACAUCAAUUUGAACCCGGUUGCCCUUUUCAAUAUUAGUAUGAAGAAUUAAGC